AUGGUUCGCCUGCCCACCGCCGCGCUCCUGCUCGCCGCGAGUCUCGUGGCCGUCUCGUUCGGCCAGGAGACUCCGUCGGCCGCCGGAUCCGGAGCCCCGGCUCCCAAGGACUGCCAAUCGGUGAGUGGAAAAAAUACGCAAUUAGGGUGCGCGCAGACCUUUAAUGAGCACAAUUUGGUGCAAAACAAAACACGGGGGAUUAGCGGGAGCACUUGUUUUCUUCUUGUUUUCCGUAAGAAGAACGUCGUCGUGUAUGUGUGCGCGUUUAAAAAUUAACAUUGAUAGGUUCGAAGCUGGAGGAAUCAAAACGAUAAUAUUGUUAAAAGUUGAGGGCGCAUUGGAGGCUGUUUAGGGGGUACUAAUUGAGUUUUGUGAAAAAAAAUUAGAAACUCAGUAACUAGCUUCUGACCGAAAGCAAAAAACAAAACACAAGGUCAAGUUUGAAUGAGUAUUGAAGUUUUUUAAGUACAUGUUUCAUGUCUAGUACUAUAAUUUUGUAUUCCUUGACCUAGUGUGGUUCUAGGAAGUUAGAACCGGUUUAGAUGCGCUUUGAGGUGUACCAAAUUCUAAGGCCCACAGUACUCUUGGGAGUGGGUUUACAAAAACGCGAACAACUACAAAAAUGAAGUUGAUACCGAGUACUUUAGUUUUGUAGUUGAUGACUUUUUUCUACGACCACUUCCUGGAGUACUGUAGCGUCAAAUGCGCUCUUCGAGUGACCUAACUUCUAAGAGCUGCAGUAGUCUUUGGAGUGAUUGUUGAAAAAAGUGUUCAACUGAAAACUUGUAGUACACUUCUAGUACUACACUUUUGCAGUUGAUCACUUUUUUCUACGGCCAUUUCUUGAAGUAAUACGGGCCUCAAAAGUCUUAAGACUACCUUAAGAGACGCGAAAUCUCUCUCUCUUCUUUCCGGAAAAGACAAUCAACCACAGGACUAGAUGUCAAGAGUUCACACAAACAUUUCUAGACUCUUUUUUGUGUCCAACCCAUCAGUAGAACACACGCAACACUCCCCCCUCCCUCAAUUUCCAUUUUUGUUCAGAUCCUCGCCUCGAACGGCGAUCAACAAGAGGCGCUUUUGUGCCAACUGAGCGAGAGUAGCAUGUUGCUCGCGCAGCUCGGAGCACUCGUUUCGGAGGGCGUCGAACGUCUCGUCCAGACGCACGGUAAGUGUCAAGAUGAUGAGCAUCAUUGAUUGCGCCCACGAGAUUAGUGAGAAAAGAGAAACGAGAGAAAUGGGCUUCAGGCCUGAUCCCGUUGAAAAUUGACGCCGAUCUUCCAGCUCUUGAAGACGACACAAACGACGGAGAGGGCGAGAUGGAGAAGCGGAAGCACGAGUACCUGCGGUUCGGAAAGAGAAAGCAUGAGUACUUGCGGUUCGGCAAGAGGAAGCACGAGUACUUGAGGUACGUUCUGAUUUCAAAAGUUGAAUAUCUAGGUCUAAACCAGAGUUGAGCGGAACAACUUAACCGAAGAACACGGGGAGAAUUUUUUAUGUUUUUUAGAAUAUUUUUUCAUGGAAUGUGAUCAACUGACGAAAUGUAUAGCAAAGUGAACUGUGCUCAUAGAAAAAUAAUUGUAAAUUUAGCUUUUCAUACAAAAAAGUUAUUCGAGUUGUUCCGUUAGCCCCCUUUUUCUCGGAACAACUCGAAUAACUUUUUUGUAUGAAAAGCUAAAUUUAUAAUUAUUUUUCUAUGAGCACAGUUCACUUUGCUAUGCAUUUCGUCAGUAUAAAAAAAAAAACAUAAAAAUUCUUCCGUGUUCUUCCAUCGAGUUCUUCCGCUCAACUCUGGUCUAAACCCUGAAAGUUCAGCUAUGAGUUCAUACGUUUACACCUUGAUUGAGAACCUUGGAAUUGUAGAAUUAUUUUGACAGCAGAGGUACAAUUGAUCUGAAAACCAAACUAGGCAAGUGGUUUUAGAAAGCGCUUCCGAAUCUGCUACCCGAUUUUUAAUGCAUUUUUGAAGUCAAUUAGCUACAUUUUAGAACUACUGACUUUGAAAAUUCAUAUAAAAGACGGACAGCCGGUUCGGAUGACGUACCAACCUCACUUUUUCCAGACUUUUCUCAAGUGCAUUCCCUGGUAAAGGCUUGAAUCCUAAACGGUUAAGAUAACGUAAACCUCAAAAAACACGUCAAUAGCUCGGAAAUUUUUGUGUACCUCGAGCUGUCUUUCAGUUCAAGUUUCCAGUCUAACUUAGCGAUCUAGGUAUUCUAGCUUAAACCCUACGCUUAAGAAAGAGUCUGAGAAGAUCAGGCCUGAAGCCGAACCCUUAGUUUUCAAUGCGAAUAUCUGAAACGUUCUAAAGCAUCAGAGCCUAUGAAUGCAAGUGUCCUGAGCCUAGACAACAGUGGCCCUAAUUGUAAGAAUCUCAGCCUAAAUCGCAAAAAGCUUUGAGAAUCUGAAUGUGUGUGCAUCAGGAGCGAAGAAGAACUCAACGGAAGAACACGGGGAGAAUUUUUCAUCUUUUUUUAGAAAAUUUUUCAUAAAAUGUGAUCAACUGACGAAAUGUAUAGUAAAGUGAACUCUGCUCAUAGAAAAAUAAUUGUAAAUUUAGCUUUUCAUACAAAAAAGUUAUUCGAGUUGUUGCGUGAAAAAGGGGCCAACGGAACAACUCGAACAACUUUUUUGUAUGAAAAGCUAAAUUUACAAUUAUUUUUUUAUGAGCACAGUGCACUUUUCUAUACAUUUUGUCAGUUGAUCACAUUUCAUGAAAACAUUUUCUAAAAAAGAUAAAAAUUCUUCCGUGUUCUUCCGCUGAGUUCUUUCGCUCAACUCUGGUGUGCAUGUUGAAGCCUAGAACCCAACUUUGUUGAAUUUAAGGCCCGGGCUAACACUAAUAUUUAAUCCUUACCAUUUCGGGUUCUGGAACGUUCUCAUGUUUCGCCAAGCUAUGCUUUUCAUCAAAUAGUUCAUAGUGUCGGCUUCUUUCAGAUUCGGAAAGAGAAAGCACGAGUACUUGCGCUUCGGCCGCAAAUAA